ACCUCAGUCUGCGCUUUCGCCUCCUCUUUGACUCAGUCACUUACCGUCGUCUCUUCAGCUAGACAUUACUAGCUAGUAGCCUGUGACCAUCAGGAUGACGCUUGAAAAUUGGACUCUUACCUCUCUCGACGAGUUUAGUUCCCUCGAUGAUGCAGUGCAGGAGCUCUGUCGACCUCACGUCAAUUAUCUGGAGCAAUUGAAGGCAUACUAUCGGCAAACGACGUUGGAGAUUCCUCACGUCUGGAUCUUCGGGGAAGAAUCAGUCACAUACAGAACUUGCAUAUGGACGGAAACCAAUUGGUUCAACGCAGAGCUCCUUCGGACGCAACUUCGCUGUGUUCAAGAAGAUCUCGCCUUCCUAACUGACGAGCAGAUCAUUGGACGUCUGUUGAGUCCUGAUCCUGCAAAGCCAGUCAAUUUCUGUCGGUCAACCGAACGCCACUAUCAGGAUUUUUACGGCCACUCGGUGACUGAUAACGAGGAUACAACGGUAUGCAAGACGCACAUGACGCUUUGCCAAGUGGCGCAAGUACUUCAAUAUGAUGGGAACUCGGAGCUCCUAGCCGAGCAUGCCAUUGCUAUAAUGUUCGAUGGCAUCCCAGGUGCCUACGUCCGAAGGCAGAAUCUCGGUGUCAUGGGUCUCCGACAAGGAGACUUGGAGGAUCCAGUUGGUCCCAUUGACUGCGCCGUGCUCUCCGUUCCCGUAGAACCAUCAACGCCGAGGUCCUUGGAACAGCUAUCCGGUUUGCCUAUCAGCGCUGUCAACCCUGCACUUCUGUUAUGCGCGAAGGGCCCGGCACGAUGGCUCAAGUCGGCGGAGCCUCAGUCGGGCGCGCCAAACGAGGAGCUCACAGCGACCCUGGUCCGUAUUGCUCGUUUGGCCGAAACUAGUCUCGCGUCACUAGUGGCUCUCGGGACCCCCGCGGCUUCCUCUACCAGGGACGAUGCCCACUCAGAAGCAGGCGGCACAAUGGCACCCACCGCGGGAACUCGCACUUCGGAAGCUGUGGAACUGGGGGACUGUCCUCUCAUGACAAUGGCUCUCGUCUACGACUCGGAACGUGUCCUUCUAGUGGCUCAUAUUCCGUAUGCUGCCCAAGAUGUGGCCGACGGACGCAAGUACUUAUCUUUGGUUUUCGACACCCUUCCGUUUGCUAGCCGAUGCUCCGACAGGAGCAUCCGUCAGUUCAUUCGACAGCGCUAUCAAGUUGCACUUGCGCUGCUAUCUGUGCAGCAGCACGUUCUCCGCAUGGCCGCGUAUAUGGAGCGUUGCAGUUGGCCGAUGCAUGUCGGCACAUUGACUCCGACCGAACCAUCAGUCGUUGCAGAGUUGGCGACAUCGCAUGGCUUCAUACCAGAAGCGGUUGCCAAUCCUGAGGCAGUUUGCGCACAGAGCACAGAAGUCGUACAGGCCUGGUCGCAGGAAACACGGUCGCCGGAAGACAUCCGGGGUGCACCUCAGCAAUCUCAGGUUGCCAUUGAGAGCUCGGAUGGUUUGAGAGAACAGCCAACAGGCCCAUUUGCGGUGAUCAACGCAGACGUCGAAGGCAAUCAGUAAAUACCGAUCAAUCACACUCUGUGGCUGAGCGAUGGACUAUCCAUGGACUUAGGAACGCCGACCAAGAUCCCAGAAAGUAUAUGCAAGCUAAUAUACCC